UUAACAGCAAAGGGCACUAUAAUGACACACUCCACUGACCAGACGAGGGGUGGGGGUUCACUCACUAUUCCCCGCAAGUCCUGUUAAAAGGUUGGCAUGCGCAGAUCCCUAAGCACCGAGUUGGCUUCUCUCCUUGAAAAUACUUAAUUAGACAAAUAUUAGGUCUGUGUACCUCCAUCUAAACAGGAUGAUUUUUGCGACCACUUUCCUCCUGAUGUUUGUCAGUGGCUCAUACACGGAUGACUUCUGUCAUGAUGGUCAUUGCGAUGAUUUCUGUUAUGAGGAGAAUCAGUGUGACCCCUAUGCCUGGGGGGAAAUAUACUCUUCCUGCCACCCCUUGCUGGACGAGCACCACUCUCCCAUCAACCUGGAUCAUCACAUGACCAGAAACGACACUCUGGAGGCCCUACAGCUGGAAGGCUUCGACACUGUCCAAUCAGGACGGUGGAAACUGAAGAACAACGGACAUUCCAUUGUUCUGGAGGUGGGGACCGGGAUGUCGGUGAGCGGAGGAGGUCUGCCGGGGGUGUAUCACACCGUCCAGCUGCAUUUCCACUGGGGAAGCACCUCUUCCAACGGCUCGGAGCACACGGUGAACGGGCGCCGCUACCCCAUGGAGAUGCACAUCGUUAACAUGAAGUCGAUCCAUCCCAACCUCACAGCUGCCUUUGAUGACCCCACCGGCUUGGCAGUCCUGGGGUUCUUCAUUGAUGUUGUUUAUGCAGACCAUGUCCCAUUUAGUCAGAUAUCACAACUACUUUCUUUAGUUGCUUAUAAAGGGCAUACGGCAUCGGUCAAACCAUUCCCUCUGAUUGGCCUAUUACCUGAGAACAACAUGGGCCAGUACUACCGUUACCAUGGCAGCCUCACCACCCCUCCCUGUUACCCGGUGGUGGUAUGGUCCGUUUAUCAAGUUCCCAUCUCCUUAUCAUACUCUCAGGUCAGACAGUUUGCCUCUGGGAUAUUCUCCACAGAGGAAGACGCAGACCUUGUGAAAAACCUCCGAAACAACUUUCGACACGUCCAUCCGACCUUCAGUCGUCAAGUCUAUGCAUCCAAAGACGCCAAGCUACUCACUGCCGCAGCCCCCCCUCAUCUUCACCAACCAGCGCUGUCCAUUCUACUGCUUCAGCUUGCCUUGUUCAUCUGUAUCAUGUGUUGACUCCCGUUUGGUGU